ACCAUGGAUGGAAGAGAGUCCAACAUUACUGCGAACUCUUCCUGGUUCUCCCUCUCCCUCCUCCCGCUCUAUCCCCGGACAGCUGGACAGGGGCGCAUUCCCCCCGCGGCCGGCCGGCAGACAGAUCCCUAUCACCUGCAUCUACAAGCGACGGUCCGUCAGGCGAAGGACAGUUUACUGAAAGGUUAUAUACACUAGAGUACAACUUGCCCUCCACAUUCCAAAAGCGGCAACAGUGGAAGACAGUACAUAGUAGAAGCCCAGAAAGCGGGAGAGUUAGUUCACGCAUGGACAUCGUUGGAGAGUUGUUUUUUUAUGUAAUGACGCGAAGUUCCAGCGCCUGAAGGUUUCCACUCCAGGAGGUUGCCGUGACUAGUCCGCCGUCCUCAGGAUGAAUUAACCUCUGAGCUGUUCUCACCAGCUUCUGAAAACACCAGCCCUUAACCCUUAACCCUUAACCAACCAUGCAGCGAGCUGUGAUUGACAGCAACAGAACCUCCCCUUUCCCCUCUCCGCCGACCAAUGAGACGCCCGCGCUCUGCUUCUCCAUCAACAGCCCUCCCUUCAACUACACCCCCACCAUCGCGUCGGCGUACUUCUCGGCGGUGUUCAGCGGCCUGGGCCUGAGCUCCAACCUGUUUGCGCUGGUGGUGCUGCUGAAGGCGUUCCAGCGCACGCGCUCCCGCUCUCGCUCCUCCUUCCUGGUCUUCCUCUGCGGCCUCGUCUUCACCGACUUCAUGGGCCUGCUGGUCACCGGCUCCAUCGUGGUCUCCUUCCACAUCACGCACUUCAACUGGCGCCUGCUGGACCCGCACUGCCACUUCUGCAACUUCUUUGGCAUGUCCAUGGUGUUCUACGGCCUGUGCCCGCUGCUGCUGGGCACCGCCAUGGCCGUGGAACGCUUCAUGGGCAUCAACAAGCCCUUUUCGCGCUCGGGCAACAUGUCCAAGGCGCGCGCGUGCUACAUGGUGGCGCUGGUGUGGCUGUUUGCGGGGUGCGUGGGGCUGCUACCGCUGGUGGGCCUGGGCAGCUACCACCUGCAGAUCCCCGGCUCCUGGUGCUUCCUGAACAUCGGCCCGGCGCCGCGCGACCUCGGCUUCGGCCUCGUGUUCUCAUUGGUCGGGCUGCUGUCGCUGGCCGCCUCCUUCCUGCUCAACACGGUCAGCGUGGUCACCCUGGUGCGCGUGUGCUGCAGACAGGACGGCGCCCAGCGGCGCCGCGACUAUGAGGUGGAGAUGAUGGUGCAGCUCAUCUUCAUCAUGCUCAUCGCCUCCGUCUGCUGGUGCCCCCUACUGGUGUUUAUUGCAGAGACUGUGUUGCGGGGGGAGCCGCUCCGAGUCCGCUACCUGCUGCUCUGGCUCCGCUUUGCCACUUGGAACCAGAUCCUGGAUCCCUGGGUCUACAUCCUGUUCCGUCGUUCCGUCCUGAAGCGGAUCUACCCGCGCAUGGACUGGUCCCGCGGCUCCAUCCUCACGCUCUACACCUCCGUCCGCAAGCUCACACGCGCCUCCCUGGGGGGAGGGGGGCUCACACCGGGGGCUGAGGCGGGGGGGGCUGAGACGCCUGCAGCCGAGUCGUGAGUCAAACCCCAACCAGACCCACCCCCAGACCUUUUUCCUUUUUUUUUUAAAAGAUUUAUUUUGGGCUUUUUUGCCUUUAAUCGAUAGUGCAGUGAAGAAUGGGACAGGAAAUGAGAGGGAGAAGAGGCGUGAAGUGGACAGGAGAAACGACAACGGGCCAGAUUCGAACCCGUGUCGCCCAUGGGCGUCAAGCCCGUAUGUGGUCGGGGCUACUGCUUGCGCCCCCCCCCUUCUCUCCUUCUAGCCUUGCUCACAGACUGAUAGGCCACAGCAAGAGGAGUGUGUGUGAGAGUGUGACUUUUCUGACACUUUUCUUUUUUUCUUUUUUUCUUUCAUUUACAUUUUCUGUGAGGUUCAGUUUUAAUUUGUUUGGGUUCUCUGUCAUGGUGGUGCUUUUUGUCCCUCUUGCCCGGCGGUAGGACAGGGAAAGUGUUUAUGUGACCGCGCGGUAACGUAAGCAGCUGUCAGAGCGCAUCUGGAGCCCGUCUCAGUAUGUCCUCCGCCGUCAUGGCUAACAAGCUCCUCUCAGAACAGUCUGGUCAUGGCCACAUGUGUCUGUGUGUGUAAGGGUACAUGUGUGUUUUUGUAUUUCAGUGUGUGUCUGUGAAUGCAUGUGUGUAACUGUGUCGGUGUGUGUG